UUGUAAUAUUAUUGUGCUGUUAAUAAGCAAAAGUAACUCGUAAUUAACGAGUAUAACAUAAUGAAUAGAUAAGAUAUUUUUAAACCGGUUAUUUGUAUAAUUACUAAUUUGUGAGUUCAAAAUUUUACGGCGACAUAUCAAAUUGUGCUUGGGAUACUUCAGUGAAGUAAAUCGGACACAAACUACGCCAACAUGAAUGCUAUGAAAUUAGGCUGGUUCAGCGAAUUGAACAGCGAGCUGUGGCCCGGUGUUGCAUUAUCGCUGGAAGUAGAAGAAGUCCUACAUUCUGAACGCUCUUCGUUUCAAGAUAUUCUGGUAGUGAAAACAUUUACACAUGGUAAAGCUUUAAUGCUCGACGGCGUGAUUCAAUGCACGGAGAAAGAUGAAAUGUCCUAUCACGAGAUGAUAUCAUAUUUACCGCUAUGCAGCCAUCCAAAACCAAAGAAUGUUUUAAUAGUGGGUGGUGGUGAUGGUGGGGUUGCCCGAGAAGUUACGAAACAUCCGGAUGUAGAGCGUGUCACAUUAGUGGACAUCGACGACCGAGUUAUCGAAGUGUGCAAGCAAUAUUUGCCUCGUUUGAGUUUAGGUCUUAAUAAUCCUUACGUAAAUAUCAUUGUUGGCGAUGGUUUCGAAUUUCUGAACCAUCAUCAAGGAGAAUUCGAUGUUAUCAUCACUGACAGUAGCGAUCCCAUAGGUCCCGCCGAGAAUCUCUUUAAACAUGCGUACUAUCAAUUAUUGAAAUCUGCAUUAAAACCUGGUGGACUCAUUGCCAGCCAGGCUGGUACAGCAUGGUCCAACCUGGAUCAAGUGUGUAGCACAUUCCAGCAUUGCAAGGCUGUGUUUCCUGUCGCUACCUACGCAGUAACAUCCGUACCGACAUAUCCUACGGGUCAAAUUGGUUUUAUUCUUGGAAGCUUAACUGAACAAACAAAUUUUGCAGAACCAGUGAAGGUAUUCAGCGACAAAGAUUUAGAUCGUAUGUCAUUAAUGUAUUACAAUGAUAAAAUACAUCGGGCAGCUUUUGCUUUACCAAGAUUCGUAGAGAAGGCUUUGAAUGCUUGAAAUAUUAGCCAAGUAUCUAGCGAUAUUUAUUAAAUUCGAUUUUAUAUAACAGAUGAU